AAAACGUAAACCAGGAAAACUUAAAAAUCCCCAAACCCCCCCUCUCUCUUUCUCUCUCUAAACCCCCUCUUCUCUCUCUCUCUAAAACCCCCAAAAAUCUCAGACGCCAUGUCCCAAUGCGCUGUUCCUUUGGUUAAACAUGUCUCGUACGACUUUGUUGUGCCUUAGAAUUUCGCAGUCUCUGCUACAUUGGUAAGCUCGGUGACCUUUGUCCGGUUUUGAUCUUAUUCGCUUCGUACAAUUUCCCCUAGUCUUUUUUGAGUUUUUUUUUUUUUUUUUUGGGUUUCGGGGUCUGAUUAGCUCUUCAGAUAAGCGCUUCAAAUCCUAGAUUUAGGGUGUGUCCAGCUUUACUUCUUAAGUAAAUCAGUGGAGGUUUUGUUUACGUGUGUUUGGGUUUAAAAUGGAAACAGGUGAAACUAUUUGAAGCGGAGUUUCGACUUGUUUGAAAUUUAGGUUUUGUGGAUUUUGUGAGAGAUGAGGGAGGGUUUGAGAUCUGGGAAGGUAUUGCUGAUUCCGGAGAAAGAUAGGAAAGAUCAGGUGUCUCCAAAUAACAAUGUUCAAAAUGAACUGAAGGAGACAGUUUCCGAUUCAGACGGCAAGGAAAACCCCCAUUUUAUUUUGGGCAAUGUGGAGAAUGAGAGAGAGUCAUUGGUAGUGGGAAUUGGGAAAAAUGGAGGUGCGUUGGUCAAGGAGUGUGUAGAAGAUGGGGAAGAUAGGUUAGUUGAGAAUGAGAGGAAAAGGAGGGCUGGUGGUGGUGAAGAUAGUGAACAUGGCGGUAUUCUGAAGAAGAAGGUGAAGGAAGAAGAGGGUUUGGAUUGUAAAGUGUGCAUUCCUGGUCGGGUUUUGAGGUCGGGGUUUGUGGUGAAAAGUGGGGGCAAUGAGGAAAGCCAUAAGGGAGAGAGUGAACGUGGUUUUAGUGGGAAAGGCACAUGGAAUGAUGGGCGCGAGAAGAAUAAGGUUAAGGUGGAAAAUGAAGAAAUUGAUCUAGGGGUUGGUAGGCCGAAUAUGAAUUUGAAACGUAAGCGCGGGAGGGGGAGACCCCGAAAGACAGAAAAGGAAACGGGUGAUCAAUCGGUUGGUAGGUUGAAGAAAAAGUUGAAACGUGGGCGUGGGAGACCCCCAAAGUUGGAGGAAAGUAAUAGGGUUUUGAAGGCUGAGCUUGAUAGACCCCAAAAAGCAGAAAAGGGAAGGGGUGAUCAAUCAGUUGGUAGGUUGAAGAAAAAGUUGAAACGUGGGCGUGGGAGACCCCCAAAGUUGGAGGAAAGUAAUAGGGCUUUGAAGGCUGAGCUUGAUAAGAGAGGAAACGUGGCUGGGUUGAGGAAAGGUGGGAAGGAUUUAAAGCUGAGAGAUAGUGUGAAGAGGAAUGCACCAACUACUAGUUCAUGCUCGGAAAAGAGAUGUAUUGGGAAAGAAUUCAAUGUGAAGAGGUUUUCACCAGCAAAGAAGAAUAAAUUUGGGAAAGAUUUGGAAGCUGAGGACAACAAUGCUUCAUUACGGCUGUCACCAAAGAUGGCAAAUGCAUCUAGUGUCAAGAAAGAGACAAGCAAAGGAGGGACAGUUAAACAGGAGGAUGAAGUCGUGGAGCCUGGUAGAUUUGCAACAAAGCAAUUAGUAAGGGACAAAAUAACAGAACUUCUUUUUAGUGCAGGCUGGACGGUUGAGUAUAGGCCUAGAUUUGGAAGAUCUUACAAUGAUGCGGUUUAUGUUAGUCCAGAUGGAAAGACACACUGGUCGGUCACAUUGGCUUACAGAAUGCUUAAACAGCAUUAUGAAGCUGGUGAUGGUGAAUCUAAGACUUAUAAGGCUGGUUUUGUAUUUACUUCAAUACCAGAGGAGGAAUUUGGCAUACUAAAAAGGGUAGUCUCUAAAACAAGGGCCGACAAAAACAAAAAGCGCAAUGAUGGUGAUAAGACUGGAGUUAUGGAAAAGAAAAGGCACAAGGAAAAACCAAGUUCUAUCAUGAGUCCCGGGGGUAAGUCAGUUAAGGGGAGAAUGAAACGGAAAUCUUCGCUUCAUGAGCAGGAUGAUUCAGCUGGUACAUCACAAGAAGUAUUGCCAAUUUCAGUCAGGGGUCAUAAGCGACGACAAACACAAAAUAAAAAGCGAUGUGCUUUGUUGGUUCGCAACACUAAAGAGGGGGUGGAUUCAGAUGUUGAUGGCUAUAUUCUAUAUAAUGGGAAACGUACUGUGUUUGGCUGGAUGAUUGAUUUGGGAAUGGUACCACUUAAUGGGAAGGUGCAGUUCAUGAAUCAGAGGAGGACAUGUGUAAGGCUUGAGGGUAGAAUUACGAGAGAUGGCAUUCAUUGUGACUGUUGUAGUGAAAUCAUCCCAAUCUCAAAAUUUGAAGCUCAUGCAGGAAGCAAUCCCUCUCGGCCAUAUCAAAAUAUAAUUCUUGGGACUGGAACUUCCCUCUUGCAGUGCCUGCUAGACUCAUGGAAUAAACAAGAGGAAUCCCGAUGUAAAGGGUUCCAUUUCAUAGAUGUUGAUGGUGAAGACCCAAAUGAUGAUACAUGUGGUAUCUGUGGAGAUGGUGGGGACUUGAUCUGUUGUGAUGGUUGCCCAUCGACAUUCCAUCGAAGCUGCUUAGAUAUUGAAAAUUUUCCUUCAGGUGACUGGCACUGUGUAUAUUGUUCAUGCAAAUUUUGUGGGAUGGGUGGUGAGAAUACGUAUGAAAGGCAUGAUAAUGAUGACAUCGCCGUAUCUUCAUUACUUAUGUGUGGUUUGUGUGAGGAAAAAUUCCACCAAUCCUGCAUUCAAGCGAGGGAUGCUACAAGUGUUGAUUCCAGUUGUCCAUCCUUUUGUGGUAUGAAAUGUCAAGAGUUAUUUGAGAGACUACAGAUGCUUCUUGGGGUCAAACAUGAAUUGGAAGGAGGAUUUUCAUGGACUCUUAUCCGCCGGUCAGAUGUUGGAUCAAAUAUUUCUCCUAGUGAAAUUCCUCCAGAGGUUGAAUGGAAUUCUAAGCUAGCUGUGGCAUUUUUCAUAAUGGAUGAGUGCUUUUUACCUGUUGUUGACCACAGAAGUGGAGUCAAUCUAAUCCAUAAUAUUCUCUAUAAUUGUGGGUCAAAUUUUACUCGUCUGAAUUAUAGUGGUUUUUUCGCUGUAAUACUUGAGAGGGGUGACGAAAUCAUCUCUGCAGCAUCCAUCAGGAUUCAUGGAAACCAGUUAGCAGAGAUGCCAUUCAUUGGGACCCGCCAUAUGUAUAGGCGUCAAGGGAUGUGCCGUCGGCUUCUGAGUGCCAUUGAAUCUGUUCUGUGCUCUCUGAAUGUUGAGAAACUGGUCAUUCCUGCAAUCUCCGAACUUAGAGAAACAUGGACUUCAGUUUUUGGUUUCAAAACCCUUGAAGUAUCAACCAAGAAGAAAAUGAGGAACAUGAAUUUGUUGGUGUUCCCCGGCAUAGAUAUGUUGCAGAAACCAUUAUUGAAGCAUCAAUUUGCUGAUGAUAGUAUGAUUUCUACACAAGGUAUGAUGUCCACUGAACCCAUGGCGUCACAUAAUUCUGAUGCGAGAUAUUCAGCUGGGUCGGAUUUGAAUGUUUCUACCAGGUCUCCGGCAGCUCAUGCACAUGACAGAAACGAACCUACUGCCCUUGAAUCCUGCUCGCAGCUUCUUGAUGGCUCCUUGAAUGAUACAUCUGAUGAACCAGGUGAGACUGUCGAUUUACCCAAAUGUGUUACUGAUAUGAAAUGUCAAGUUCAAAUCCAUGUGACUCACGAUAAUCUGGAGGAGAACAAAACUGUUGUGAAACCGUUGGAUUCAGUUUUUGAUGCUAAUGGACCAACUGAAGAGAUUAGGGAAUAUCAGAUUGCUGCUUCUGGUUCCGUCAUUCGAGACCCUGAUGAGAAGACAAUAGAAUUGGACUCCCAAUCGGACCAUGAAAGCAAAUUAUUCACAGUAUCUCAUAUUGGGUCUGAAGCUUCUGAUUGUGUAAAACCAUUUGUUAGUGCUUCUGGGGUGGAUACUGACCGUGUUGAUUGUGAGAUGAAAAUAGAAGAUGGCAUUGUUGAACACAACUCUGAAACUAUUAUGUGUCAGCCCGGAGAAGUGGCUUGUGUGGAUGGAUUAGAAGUUUCUGGUGUGAAUAUUGUUUUCCAUAAUCUAGAGGCUGCAAGUCAGAUGUCUCUUGAUGCAAAGGACAUCAAGCAUUACGGUUCUCAACAGUUGCAGGAAGUGGGAUGUGUUCUUGAGUCAGAUGGAAGGAUGCUCGACACUCAAGAAGGGAAAAUUAGCCAUGCUGCUGUUCCGCAUAUGUCUACAGCAUCGGAUGAGGUGGAUCCAACAUCUACUGUUUGUUCUGGCUCCCAGAUUCUGCCCAAGAGUAGCAAUAUUUCGUGUGCUGAAGCCCUCCCAACUUUAGCACCAGCUUGCAUGGUUCACCCAACUUACUCCUCAGUUCACCAAAGGGGACUAACCGUUAUGAAUGGUUUUCCUGUUGAAUCCAACAUUAGUCCUUCCUGCCAGGGUAAUGGGCUGGAUACUCAUGAGGCAGAUGUCUCUACUACAGUUGAGGGGAGAUGUCAUUUUUCUUGUGAAGUUUCUUUAAAUCCCAUCACGAAACGUAAUUUGCCAACUUGCAUGAGUAAUGGAGUUUGCAUGUCCACGGAGAUUGCUUUUGAUUCUCAUGAGGCUGUGGUGGAUGGUGUCCAUGAAGAGAUAGAAGCAUCACCUGCGGCUCAGACUAUUUUCAAUUCUACCCGUCAGGAUUUAGCUCUUGAGAGGCUGGAGGUGAAGAACAUAUCUUCAAAGCAAUUUGAAUCUGGUUCACAGGUUGAUCACAUUAGUUCAGCACAUUGCAAUUCUAAAUCUUCCGAGCAAUGUGAGGCUGUUCAGCAGAUUGAUCAUGCAAGUAUCACGCAGUGCAAUUCUGAGUCUGUGCAACUUAAGCUCUGCUUCUGAUAUGGCUCUUCACUGUGCCACUAAUGGGGGUAAUUCAUGUGGGCACCCGAGGCAAUAGUUCUAUCAAACCAGGCUAGUUGAUUUCCUUUUGGUCCAUUUGCUGUAGAAAGCAGGAUUUUGAUGGCAGCCGUUAGCAGAGUUGCCGGUACGUAACCAAUUUUGUAAAUGACUAGGAUGUGCUUGGAGUUUUUUGACACUUCAUCCCAGUGGCGAAUCCUGCCAAUUUUUUGAAUCUUUAAAUUCCUAGUGGUGUGGGGAUGUUCCAAAGUCGGGGAGCAAUGACAAAGGAAAAAAAAAAAAUGACAGAUAUUUUGAUUUUUUUAGUUCUGUCACAAGUACAGUUGUUAAUAGCAAUGUAAGAUAGUAGUAUAAUGUAGGGUUGCCAAAAUGUCAAUUAGAUGCCUUGGAGGGUUGUGUAUUUUGGGUCUCCCCCAUCCUCAAUGUAAAUGAAACUGUUGCUUAAUCAUAUGAAUAUGGCCUUUCUUUUUGCCUA